UUAUAGUGGGACUGCAGCGGGCAUUCUGACAUUGGGGGAAACUGACUUGGUGUUACUGACAUCCCCAGUGACACCAAUACAGUGAUCAGUGCUAAAAAAAAAGCACUGACACUGUACUAAUGGCACUGCGCAGGAAGGGGUUAACAUGAGGGGUGAUCAAAGGGUUAAUUGUGUGCUCUGUGCUGUGUCUGUGUGCUUCACUGUAAGCACACUGCUUUGGAUGACUGUGCACAGUCAUCCAAAGCAGUGUGCACGAGCUGACAGGCAGGAAACUGUAUUGUUUACAUGCAUGCCCCCUGCCCGGAAAUGCAAAAUC